AUGGAGGUGAGAAAUGUACGUGGAAACUUAGCAAAGACAAACUCUGUAUCUUCCCACUACACGAUGGAGUUCAGUGGCUCGGUCUUCUCUUAUAAGCAGUUCAACGCCACAGGUAACUCAACAGCACCUGAUGCUACUUCAGCGGCAACUGAAGCAGCAGCAGGCGCACAAGGUGCAGCCUCAGCACCCGCAGCAGCAGCAGCUGCAGCAGCAGCAGCUGCGACAUUAACAGACACACAGAGAAAAGAGCACCCUGCCUGCUGCCGUGGCAGCAAAUACAAACUCCCCACAGUCGAUACAAGUUCAUCAACAACCACAGGUGCAGCGGCAGCAGCAGCAGCAGCACAGGCGCCUGUAGUGAGGGCCCGCCGUUGGUUGAAGGCAUGCGCAAUCUUUGCUGCUGCAGUGCUGUUCCUGUGUCUCCAAGGCAGCAGAGGUGCUGCUGCAGCACUUGGUGCUGCAGCAGCACCAAUCUCUCAAGGGCAUACAUCACAGCACCAGCAGCACUUUUACCAAAGGCGAAUGAACAGAAGACUGCAGUCGCUACCUUCGGCCGCUGUGCAGCAGCGACAGCAGCAGGACGGCUUCCAGCAACAGCAGCUGCUGCACCAGCAGCAACUCCUCCAACAGCAGCAAUUGCAGCAGCAGCAGCUGCAGCAGCAGCAACUAUUUCAGCGGCAGCAGCAAGACCAGAGCUUCCCCUUGGGGAUAGGCCAGCAACAAGUGAACCCUCAGGUGCGACCGCAGUGGCAGCAGCAGAUGCUUCAGCAGCAGCUGCUUCAGCAGCAGUUGCAGCAGCAGCAGCAGCUGCAGCAGCAGCAGCAGCUACUGCAGCAACAGGCGUUGCAGCAGCAGCCACAGGGGUUGACUGCUCUCCAGCAGCAGCAGCUACAGCAGCUUCUUCAACAGCAACAGCAGCAGCAGCAGCAACUGCAGCAGCAGCGACUGCACCUGCAACAGCAGCAGCCAACGACUCCGUGGGACCAACAACAGUGGCAGCGGCUGGAGCAGCAGCAGCAGCUACAGCAGCAGCAGCUGCAGCGGCUGCAGCAGCAGCAGCAGCUGCUUCAGCAGCAAGCAUGGCAGCAGCAGCAGCAGCAGAUGCAACUGCCGAACCAGCCGCCGUAUCGUGCACCUGCUGUUGCUGCUGCUACACCUGCCGCAGCAGCACCUCUUUCUCCUGCUGCUGCUGUCUUAGUUAACAGCCUUCGCGGUGUUUUAGGCGACUUGAGCAGUAGCAGCAGCCCCCUUUCUGUGGAGCAGUUAACGUCUCUGGUGCUGCAGCAUCUUCCACUGCAGCAGCAGCGGCAGAUAUACCUCCAGCUGCAGCAGAUGCUUGCCCCCGAUCAGGCGCAGCAACAGCAGCAACAGCAGCGGCAGCAGCAGCCGCUUCUGCAGCAACUGCAGCAACUGAAGCAACCGCUACUGACAGCGCAGGAGGCGACAGACCUCAGCAAAGCUACCGCCUUGAUGUCUGCUGCUGCUGCAGCAGCAGCAGAGGAAGAAGCCAUUGUUGGGCAAAGUGUAGACGCAUGCAUCCCCCCACACUGCCGAGACACCCCAAAGAGAGGCCCUGCUGUCUGCGGCACCGAUGGGAAGACAUAUGAAAGCCGCUGCGCCUUGAUUGAAGAGGCCUGCAAACGCAGCAGCAGCAACAACAACAACAGCAGCAGCGGGGGCGGCGGGGGCGCUAUGAGGCUGGCUGUGCAGCACGAAGGCGCUUGUGGGCAACAGCACCACCAACACCACCGACAACAGCAAGUGCAGCUGCAGCAGCAAAUGCAGCAAACGCAGCAGCAGCAGCAGCAGCAGCAGCACGUUCAACAACCCCCUCCGCAGCAACAAGGACCUCGAAUUAGGGAAAUCGCUCUAUCCCGCGGCUCCAACUCCCCCGCUGCUGCCCCCACGGUGCUGCCUGCCCUUCAGCAGCAGCAGCCCCAGCAGCUGCAGCCACAGCAGCUGCAGCCACAGCAGCUGCAACCACAGCAGGUGCAGCCACAGCAGCUGCAGCCACAGCAGCUGCAGCCACAGCAGCUUCAGCCACAGCAGCAGCUGCUACGUCAGGGACCGCAGCAGUCGCAGCAGCAUCUGCUGCUGCAUCAGCAACCGCAACAACCGCAGCAGCAGGCGCAGCAGGAACAGCAGCAGCAGAAGCAGCAGAAGCGUUGCAGCGCCAGCGGCUCGGGCACUGACACCACAAAAACAGUAUCACCAACAACAGCAGCAGCAGCAACAACAACAACAGCAGCAACAACAACGACAACAACUGCCCUCUCUGAAACUCCCUCACCCACAUUCCAAACAAGCACAGUGCAACCCCCUGCAGUAGCAGCAGCAGCAGCAACUGCUGCUGCUGCUGCUGCUGCUGCUUUUGGGAUGGCCUACAGCGGCCACACCAGUAGAUGGUGCAUUCCAAUCGCAGUUGCUGCUGCUGCUGCUGCUGCUGUUGCUGGCCUUCUAAUUGCUGCUGCUGCAGAAACUAACCCGAAGGCAGAAGCAGAGGCGGAACGACAGAAGCAGCAUCAGCUGCAUCUGCAGCAGGUGCAGCAACGGCAGCAACAGGCAGCAACAGUAGCUGCUGCUGCUACUGCUGCUACUGCUGCUACUGCUGCUGCUGCAGUUGAUGCACUCUAA